AUGGUCAGCCUGGCGACACUGCUUCUGGCUCUCAGCGUAGCAACGAGACCUGUCUUUGCAAGUACUUUAUGCAAUGCAAAUUUCUUUUCGACUUUGGUUCCAGGCAACGCCACCAUCGAAAAAGUAGCUCAGGUACCCAGUAAUGGUACCUACGGCGAAGGGAUCCUAGACCUCAAUUAUCCGACUCAGCCAAUUGGCCUACCGGAACUUUGCGCUGUCACAGUCCUCGUUAUUUCAUCUCCAGAGUCUUUCUAUCGCUUUGGGUUGUUUCUCCCCACGAAAUGGAACAGCAGAUUCUUGGCCGUAGGUAAUGGCGGGUUUGGUGGUGGAAUCAACUGGCUGGAUAUGGGGGCUGGCGUUGGUUAUGGCUUCGCAGUUGUCUCUACAGAUACCGGUCAUAACUCUGUGUCGACCGAUGUUUCUUGGGCACUCAACAAUGCAGAAAAGAAGACUGAUUGGGGUUGGAGAUCAAUGCAUGGCACGGUCGUGCUAGCGAAACAGCUGGUUGAAGCAUAUUAUGAAGCGAAUAUUGCUUACUCAUACUACAACGGCUGUUCGACAGGAGGCCGACAGGGACUGAAGGAAGUGCAGAUUUCCCCCGAUUCCUUUGACGGCGUUAUCGCGGGAGCAUCUUCCUGGUACUCAAGUCAUUUGAACCCAUGGGUCACGAAAGUCGGAACGUAUAACUUGCCUGUUGCUGCACCGAACAACAUCGGCGCGGUCUUGUUCCCCCUGAUGGCUGCCGAAGCCCUUAAGCAAUGUGAUUCUCUUGAUGGAGUGUCGGACGGGAUUAUCAGUAUUCCUAGUCAGUGCUCGCCAGACUAUACAACAUUAUUGUGCGGUAUGCCUGGAACGAAUAGCUCGACUUGUCUAACUCUGCCUCAAAUUGAGACUGCGAACAAAGUGUACGCGGAUUACCUCGGUUCAACGGGUGAGUUGUUGUAUCCAGGUCUUAGCCCUGGCUGCGAGAAUCAAUGGUUCCUUGUCCUAAAUUACACCGACACUAGUCCGUACGGCAUUAACUUCAUCCGCGACUUCUUGUAUGACGAUGUAUCAUGGUACUGGACAAGUUAUAAUGACAGCGUAAUUGUCGACGCUGUGAUGCUGAAUCCUGGAAAUGCUACGGCCAAUGACUAUGAUCUCUCGGAGUUCAAGCGCAUGGGGAAAAAGAUGAUAAUCUAUCAUGGUUUAGCCGACGGUUUGGUCCCACCCAAAGGAAGUGAGCUAUACUACAAGCAAGUAGCAGAGACAAUGACGAGAGGCGACGUUGGCGAACUUCACGACUUUUUCCGAUACUUCGAGGUCCCCGGCAUGGGGCAUUGCUGGGCCUCGUCCAACGCUGCACCUGCUCCGGCUUUCGGUGGUGGCUCUCAAGCUUCGCAACUGGGCAGAGAUGUGUGGUCAGUGCCAGGCUUCAAAAAUGCCCAGCAUGAUGUUCUGCUAGCAAUGAUGCAAUGGGUUGAAAACGGCACAGCUGUGGACUCGGUUGUAGCAACAACGUGGCAAAACUCUCUAGAUCCGUCAACCCCAGUUGCGCGACAGCGCCCAUUGUGCCCCUACCCGCAGUUAGCGAUAUACGAUGGAGUUGGUGAUGUGGAUAAAGCCUCCAGUUGGGCCUGUGGCUAA